GUGAAAAUCACCAUUAUAAAUGGUAUUUGGGUGGGAAUAUGUCUGGCAUAGCCAUGCUUGCGGUGAAGUAUGCGGCUAUCGCAACUUCAUUUAAGGUUUUGCUGCAUCUUUGGAAGUUAUAUCGGGGGUUUCUAGUUUUAAUCCUUGCAUGUACGACGAGUGUGGGAUUUUCUUGAAUCUUCAUAUAUUCUCAGAAGAGAAUGCUGAUUCCGAUUUCUUUACUCUCAUUCACUAUCUCAGCUCCACAGAAGAAACCACGAAAUAAAAGAAAAUGAAGACAUACAAAGGCAAACCAAUUCGCUGGCAUGCACUCUUAUCAUUGAUUUUGUCUACAAUAUCAUUUAUAUUGGGUGUCGUCACGAUAUUCUCGGGUUCGAAAAAUGGGGUUUUAGAAGAUUAUUAUUUCCUAAGGUUAAAAACAGCAAAUCUCGGUCAAAGUUUGGUACAAUUUGCAGCAGUCAAUUCUACCACAGCGAACACCACAAGCAUAAUCGACAUAUCUGCUCUGAACAGCCGCGAUUUAUCAUCAGAUUCGAUAGAAAAGAGAGAUGCAGCAUCCGACUUCGCCACGGCAUUAUUCGGUAAUGUUAUCAAGGAAGUUAAGAGCAUCGCGAAGAAGAUUGAAGCAGGCGAUAACGAUGGUCUCAACGAAGCCGAGAAGGCGUUAGUCUCGAAUAUCACAGAUACCGUUGGAGUUGCAGAUUUCUACAGUUUACAUGUAAUAAAAAUAUGUCGAGGAACUAUUACAUCAGAGGAUAAAUGGGUCGUUGAUGGCUGCUCAAAUUAUUCUCAAGCUUUGAAAGGCUUGACACAACUUACCUCAUCUACUCCAUCUACCUUCCGUAUUGUCAAUACUACGCUUACCGUUCCAUUCCUGGGUCUCGCUACCACUGCAAUGCCAUUUACCGCCGGAAUGCUGAACAUUGGCACUAUGGCCAUCCUCGCUCUCUAUGGUCUAGCCUUGAUCGGAUCGGGUGCUACAAUUUUUCUAUCAGCAAUUUAUAUGUUCAAACCCACAGCCCGCAUCGUCUACUGCGCUCUCUUCUUUUCCUUUCUCGCGUCUAAUUUCACAAUGACUGUUACGCUGAAUCUAACAGCCGUUACCAGCAUGGUAAGCCAGAUGGUCUCUUUAGUAGGGCCUGCUCUAGGUGUCGAAGCUUCUGUUGGGGGUGCAUUCCUAGGGAGCUCAUGGAUAGCCGCCAUAUUCGCAUUGAUUUUCAAUCAGUAUUGGAUGAUGGUCUGGCUAGUAGAGAUCAGAGGAUAUGGAUUCAGAAGAAGAAUCAGAACAGAUGAGGAGAUUGGAGAUUGGAAGGGAAUUAUGAAUGAGUUGAAGAGAGAUUGGAAGAAGCCUGUACCGGAGGGGCUUACAGCUUCAGAAUCUAAUGAAAAUCUUAUGGUGAUAGAGAGGGUAGAUGAGGUCACUGGUGUAUCGACAAAAGACCAUUCAUAUCGUUUAGGGUGACCGAGAAUGGUCAGUCCUUGAGGAUAAAGAUUGCAGGAAAAGAUUAGAGUUUCACCAGAAGCCAGAUAUAUUCAAGCAUUGCGGGACAAUACAAAUUUAAAAGAAGAAUUGAGGAGAUCGGAAAGGGUAGCCAUGGGGCUGCUUUUGGGUAGGAUUUCGAGGAUUUCAAGGAUUUAUUAUAUUUUAGAGUAAAAGUAAAAAUACAUGAAGGCUUCACACA